CACUCAUUGUUGUUUCUCGUGUCUCAUUGACGUGGUUAAUCACUUUGACAUUCAAUUGAAUUUCAUAAUUCAUAUAAAUUGUCUACAAAAUUGACAACGAUUAUUUAUCAUCACAAAUUCUCAUCCACAUAAAAAAAAUACUUGGCCAUUUUUAAAUGAUUCUCUACACAGUUUACAUUAAAUUCAGAUAAAUAAUAAUGUGGGAACAGCAUGAUAAUGUGCUUUGUGGUGAUCUACAAGUAUCUUGUCAAGGAGAAUGAGCAAUGCAGAAAUCGGGACGCAUGAUCUCGAGAAAAAGAGCCGAUUGCGAUAUCGAAAUAAAUUUGAAAAUAGAAAAAAUAAUAGAGAAGAAAUGGUUGGUUUUGGGCAUGGAGAGUCACUUAGCAAAGCACUUGCAGAUGUGACAACAGAGCUUACUGUUUAUUCAGACGAUUCAAGUGAUGAUCAAGAUACUAGUCGUCUUAUUUCUUCGUCAUCAUUGUCUCUACAGCCACGUGUUAGUUUUGAGGAAUCCAAAAAAAAUGGAAUAAAAACAAAACGUACGGAAAUUGAAAAAGAAGAUGAAAAUGUUUGGACUAUUUCUGUACAGAUGUUUAUUCCUUUUUUACUUGCUGGAUUUGGUAUGGUCGCAGCCAGUCUGUUACUUGAUGUUGUUCAACACUGGCCAGUGUAUCAAGUAGUAUCAGAGGUAUAUAUUUUGGUACCAGCAUUAUUGGGGUUGAAAGGAAACCUAGAAAUGACUCUGGCCUCACGUCUGUCUACCCAAGCAAAUCUAGGUCACAUGGAUACAGAGAAACAGCAGUGGACGUUAAUAAUCGGUAAUCUAGCUUUGAUCCAAUGCCAGUCAAUGGUGGUUGGUUUAUUGGCGUCCUUGGCAGCAGUGAUCUUUGGAUGGAUACCCGAAGCACACUUUGAUAUUCACCAUGGACUAUUACUGUGUGCUAGUGCACUUGUCACAGCCUCUGUUGCUAGUUUCCUGCUUGGUCUUAUAAUGGUUGCAGUUAUACUAUUCUCUAAACGGAUGAAUAUUAACCCUGACAAUGUUGCCACGCCAAUUGCCGCAUCACUCGGUGAUUUGACAACUCUUGCAUUACUAUCAUGGAUAUCCUCACUUUUAUACAGUGCCAUUGACAAUCAAACAUGGAUAGCUCCUACUAUGAUCAUUUGCUGCUUAUUAGCAACACCUGUUUGGGGAUAUAUUGCUGCUAGAAAUCCCUUUACUAAAGAAGUUCUUAAUUACGGUUGGAGUCCUGUUAUUUCAGCUAUGUUAAUUAGCAGCAUUGGUGGAUUAAUUUUAGAUUUCACAAUAUCAAAUUACAAAGGUAUUGCUGUUUUUCAAUUAGUAAUAAAUGGCGUUGGAGGUAAUUUAGUUGCCGUUCAGGCAAGUCGAAUAUCUACGUCACUUCAUAUAGAACAACAUAGUGGAAAAGUUGAAAAACCACCUAAAAUUUGUAUUAGUCCUUUUGAUGCAUUUUUAGCUCCUGGUGGACAUUCACGGAUUGCAAGAAUUUUAUUGAUGAUGGUAAUACCAGGUCACUUAAUAUUUAGUUAUACAAUAAGUUAUCUUAAAGCAGGACAUACUUCCUUCACGGCAACAUUUAUUGUUGUGUAUUUAUUUGCGGCACUUUUACAAGUAAUUUUACUCUUAUAUUUGGCUCAACUGAUGGUUGUUUGGAUGUGGACACGCGGAAUGGACCCUGACAGCUCAGCGAUCCCAUAUCUAACAGCUGCUGGUGAUUUAUUGGGUACUGCAUUACUAGGUAUCGCUUUUCAUAUUCUUUAUGCAAUCGGUGAUAAAGAUUCAGAUGUUGGUGAUUAGCCGGCAAGUAAAUUCGAUUAUUUUUUUUCCUUGUUGCAUUGUGUACAAUAUUAUAAUUUUAUUUUAUUUUUAAAAAAAAAAACAAUAUAUGAUUAGUUAAGUUUUUAUUUUAUUAUUAUUCAGGCUCAAUAUACUAUUUGUACCUGAAAUUAUUAAUAGUAAUGAUAUUUUUUGGGACCUAAAAAUAUUAAAAUAGUUAAACAGUGGCCUGAAAUUUUUUAAAAUUAAAAAAUCACAUAUUAUAACAUUUUUUUACAGUAUUUUAAUAUAAGUAUAAUUAUAUUGUCUUAAUUUUUCGUGCCAGGAUCUACACAAUCUGUAGUAAAAAGAAAAAAAAUUUUUAAUUAAUCAGUUUAUUUAAAAAUAAUUAUUAAAUAUCUAAAUAUGGUGCUAAUAUGUAGGAAAUAAAAUUUUAUGUGGGUAAAUAUUUCAAAAGUAAAAAUUUCGAACUAAAAGUUAUAAAAAAUAUAAUUUGUGUAAAGAAUUUUUUUUUCUUUUUCAUUUCUAAUUAUUAAUUGAAAUAUAACAAUCAUAUUUCCAUUCAUCUAAAAUUAUAAAAAUACAUAAAUAAAAAUUUUUUCCUUAAAGGAACGAAUUUUAAGGGAAUAAGAUUUCAUUUGUGAAAUUAAAAUUUAAUUAUAUGUAUAAAUUAAACAUCAUUGAAUGUUUAAUGUUAAAGUGUAGUUAUAAAGUACCCUGAGAAAUUAAAUAACAAUAUGAAAUUAAUUUUUAAUGCUUUAUAAUUGCCAAGGGAAUGAUAUUCUUUAGAUAUUAACGGCGGUGGGUAACAACAUAUAUGUUAUCUUGCGUUUCUUAUAUAUGUAUGUAUUUUCAUUCUUUUUUUUUUUUUUGGUUUCGUUUCAUUGCUUCCUUGACUUCCAGUCAUUACUUGCGCUGAUCCUUGCCGAUUUUUUUUUAAUUUGUUUCAUUAUUUAAUGAAUUGAUAAAAAAAAUCUGAAGUCAAAAAUAAAUAUUUUGAUUAGUUUUCGUAGUUUAUAAUUAAUAAAUCUUAUUAUUGUUAAUUUUUUCUCAGUAAUCAUGAGACAAAUAAAGUAAAUUAUAAAAAAAAUCAAUCUAUGUACAACGAAACUGAUUGAAUUUUGUAAAAAUUUUAUUCCGAUUUAAUUUCUAUCUGAUUCUCUAAAAAAUUAAUUAAUUACAUGAAGAUCUAUACUUCUAACACUGCCAUUUAAGUAGUUAAAGUAUAUUUUCACUCUUAAUUACAUACAUUAUUAUUUUUAGAGGCAAAUUAUUGAGAAAAAUUAUAGGAGUUAAUUUGAGAUAUGAUUAGUCCACUUAUUAGAUGCAAUUAGUUUUAACAUGACUUGAUUAAUUUACGGCAAUAAAAUGAGAAUUUAUUUCACACGCUUGUGAAAAAUUAUUUUUGAAUUUAUAUACUGAUAUUUAAAUAUAUAUAUAUACAUAAUAAUAUAAAAUUAUAUUAGAGUUAUUUACACUUUUGAAAUAUUUACUUAUGUAUAUUAAUUAAUUAUUAUAAUAAUUUUAGAUACUUAAAAUUUGAUAUUCAAAUCUAGAGUGUUUUUUAUAACUUUUUAAAGCCAUGUACACUCUUUUUAUUAAAACAUUAAAAAUUAAAAUUAAAUUAGUAAAAUAAUUUUUGCACGCAAAUAAAUCAAUAUCGAGCUUAUAAAAUAGUCCUUGUACUAAAAACGUCGGACACUAUACUGUGAUUCUUAUUUCAUAUAUCUAUAACAAUUUAGGCCAGUAUUUUUAAAACUAUUAAUAAUACAGUAACGUAUAUAUUAAUAUUAAUAAAAAAUA